AGCUACACUAGAGUAGCAUAGCUGUCUCCUGUAUCAUCCACCCUUGGUUCUUUCUGUCUUUCUGAGCUGGUCCCAGGAGAUCCUGGCUGCUGAUGCUGUGAGAUCUGUUGUCUUGGUGAAGGCUAGGAUGGAUCGAAUAAGUGCAUAAACAUGCUGGAAGUGCUGCUCAGGGACCUGAUUAAUGCUACAUUAAUGGUAGGGAAGAUAUUGUGGGAAGUGAGAUAAAAGCACUUUAAAUGGAAUGAGGAGUUGGACUGAGAUCAGGAUGAAGGUGGAGAAGAACAGAAAAACAGCUUGUCGUGAAGCAUGCAGCAGAGUAAACCUAGCCCAACGGCAAGAAACUGAGAUGCUGUGGACUGGAGAAUCCUAGCUGGACUGUCAAUUAUUGUGGCGUUUUUUUCUAGGCGGACUAGAGUAAGCAAGACCCUACCCGGAGCUGGAGACCCUCCCAAUUUCUGUAUGGAUUAGUUGUGAAGGCUGAUGUAGCAGUUUUGGAGAGCUUGUCAAUUUAUCUGUUGACCAUGCUGAACUACAAGAAACGGGAACACAGAAAAUCCUCUGUGCUGUGGCCGCUUCAUUUUGGUCUACAUCUUCCAUCUUCUGCCAAAUACCAAAACUGUGGCGGUAAAAAAAGCACAGAAAAUUCGGGAGCUCGGACUCCUUCCAAAGUAAAGUCUAGUAUUGUCAAAGCUUCAGCUGUGAUUGGGACAAGAUCUCUGCCUAGAACAAGAGUCCCAAGCAAAAUACCUACUCUCCAGAGGACUCCUAGUGUGUCUUCAGUAUACAGCACCCAGAGCGAUCACAGCACUCUGAGUUCCAGGUCUACAAAUGCCACAAGUAAGACUGAUGAAGUCCCCGCAAAAUGUAUCAAGCAAAAUGGACCAUCUGGAACUUAUACUGCAAAGGUUACCUUCCCAAGAGCUAGGUCGCAGUCCCUGAAAGUCACGCAGACUGUUGGUACAAAGAAAAGCCCUGUAUUACCCCCAGGAGUCACAAAAUCAUCGGGCUCAUCAGGACUUAUAACAAAGCGACUAGAAAAUAAAGUUGCUACUGGAGGUCCUCUUGGGCUACAAGGCUUAAUUGAUAAAGGCAAGCAGAAGACGAGCCCCAGAGGACCGGUUACGCAGGCACAGACUGCACCUGUCGAUGCACAAGCUCUUGAAUUGGCACAAUGUAAGGCAGUAUGUGAAGAACAGAGUGGCAUCAUCAAACAUCUAAAGAACCUAAUCACAAGCGGCAAUCAGAAGUUUGAAGCUCUUACUGUUGUCAUACAGCAUGUGCUCAACCAGCGAGAAGAGGCUCUGAAGAAACGUAAAGAGUUUUCUCAGGAACUUCAGAACUUGCGGGGAGACUUGCUGUCUGCAUCUGGCACAUGUGAAAAGCUCGAGAAGGAGAAGAAUGACUUGCUAGUAGCUUAUGAAGGCAUUUUGCAGAAGGUGAAAGAUGAACACUUUGCUGAGCUGAAUGACCUGGAGGAGAAACUCAAACAGUUCUACACUGGCGAAUGUGAGAAACUUCAGACUAUCUUCAUUGAGGAAGCCGAGAAAUACAAAACAGAACUUCAGGAGAAGGUUGAUGACCUCAACGUCACUCAUGAAACCUACAGGGAUGCAGCUGAAACAAGUCAUGCUGAGGAGUUAAAAACCAUAAAGGAAGAAUAUGAAAAAUCAUUUACAGAACUGAAAGACCGUCAAGAACGAGAAAAUAAGGUCCUGGAAGUAUCCUUUAAAGAGAAGCAGGCAGAACUAGAGAAAAAAAUUGAAGAGUUAAGACAAGAGAAUGAAUCUCUGAAGGAGAAGCUGAAAGCUGAGGUGGAACAAAGAAAAUUAUCCAAAGAGAAAACCACACAGAAGAACCCUCAGGUGAUGUAUCUGGAGCAGGAACUGGAGAGUCUAAAAGCAGUAUUAGAGAUUAAGAAUGAGAAAUUACAUCAGCAAGACAAAAAGCUUAUGCAGAUUGAGAAACUGGUUGAGACCAACACAAUCCUGGUGGAAAGACUGAACAAAUGCCAGCAAGAAAAUGAAGAUCUCAAAGCUCGUAUGUCAAAUCACAUAGCUCUCUCAAGGCAGCUGUCCACAGAGCAAGAAGUUUUGCAAAGGUCUCUGGAGAAAGAAUCCAAAGCGAACAAACGUCUCUCGAUGGAGAAUGAAGAACUUCUCUGGAAGUUACACAAUGGUGACCUAUGCAGCCCCAAAAAGCUGUCUCCAUCUUCCCCGGGUAUUCCUUUCCAUCCUCGGAACUCUGGAUCGUUUUCCAGUCCGACAGUGUCACCCAGAUGACACCACUUUAUCAUUAAACAUUAAAACAAAAAACUCUUCCGACAUUUCAGGAAGUCGUGGUGAGAUUGCUUUGGACAGAAACAAUGGAAACUAAGGCUAUAUUAGCUACCUAACCAUUACAAGAUGACUGGAAUUUGGGAUUUGGGUUCAUGGUUCUCUAACCCACUGGAAUAUGAAGGAGCAACUGAAUAAUGUUGUUCUUUCAGCUAAAGAGAAGACUUUAUGGUAAAAAAAAUAUAUAUAUAUAUGGACGUUGUUGCACAAAGCACUUACCUAGCAAGAUACAACUAUUCUUGCAUUUUGCCUUUUUUCACCUACAGCAAGUACAUAGGGAAAAAAGCUCAGGGCUUGUAAAUAAAUCACAAACUUUCUAAAGUUUCUUUAUUCACCUGUUAAUUGUUUUUCCCAUCGGACUGGGUGCUUGUGAGUGAGAUGGAUGUUACACACAUGGCAUGUCUGCCUCAUGCUGCCUGUUUUUGUUUUUCGCGUGUCUAUUUUCUUUUUCUUUUUGCCACCAUCUCCCGCACUGUUAUCUGUACAGCUUAUGAACUUGUGCAAUCUGCACAGCUUAUAUUUGCCUUGUAGAGCAUCAGAACACCAUCCAUUAAUUGAGGUUCUGUGGUCUUGUCCAUGUGGCUUUCUCAAUCCUUCAAAUGUGGACUUAUUGACUUUUAUAUGCCUUUGUGAAAUAAAAUGUCUGCUGCUUUUCAUCUGUAAGAAGAGUGAUUAUCCAUCUUGUACAUGGUUGUGUACCUUUUGGACUAUGCAAAAGGCACCACAUUGGUGUUUUACUGUUCACCUGCAUUACACAACUUGUAUUCUAGUGCAAAAAAUAACAUCUCCGAUAACGAAUGAGAAGCUUGCCAUGUCAUAAGAUGGGUAAUUGCCAUCUGUCAAUACAUGCCUCAUUUUCAAGUCAGUUUGUUUUGACUUCGACCAAAUGAAGGGAGGGAAAGAAAUUGGCCACAAUCUUUGUACCUGCCUUGAAAAAUCCAUCAGAAGACAGCCAACCUGGGACUGUUCAGAUUUUGUUUUUGGUUCACAAUUUAUAACCUGUUUGCGUUGAAAUUAAUCUGUAAGAAAUUACCAUAUUUCAAGCAUUUGUAAAGAAAAGUUUCCAAAGAGUUUUAUAAUGUAACGGCCUACAAGAAAUGCUUUUUGUUCUGUACAUUUUUUAUUUUUUUUUCUAGCUCUCUGCUUAGUUUUUAUCCAUGCAAUUCUUCCGUCGGUUGCCUCUUGGUUUCCUUGGUAAGAUAUUUCAGGCCUGUGACCAACAUGUAUUGGUUUGGACCCCUGAUUAAUCUUGUUGCAAUUUUAAUUUUGAACACCAAACUGUCAAAUUUGGGCACGGAAAAUGAAAAUGUUUUGUGUAGUUUUGAUUAUAAUUUUUUUUUUCUUUUCAUGUUUCAUCUGUAUCAUGCAAUUGUGUGUAGCUUCUAGCAUACUUGGAUGUAAAAAAGAAAUAUUGAAGCUGUAGUUGCUUGGUUUGUAAUGAUGGAAAUAUAUUCUGAUGUUUAAGAGAAUAAAUUUAUUGGUGCAAUAAUUUACUUCA